AAGUAGAAAGGGCAGAAGGAAACAUGGGGAGAACCAUUUUUCUUCUCAUCUCCGUGGUGCUGGUAGCUUAUUAUGUUUAUAUACCCCUUCCAGAUGCUAUCGAAGAGCCUUGGACAAUAGGACGGAAAGCUGCCAUUGUAAAAAUAGGAACAGAUUUGGCUUCAUUUGGUGAACUUUUGGGAAUCAGUCAUUUCAUGGAAACGAUGCAGUUACUGAUGAAAUUUCAAGAAGUCCCACCCACGUCUGAUGAAAAUGUCACUGUGAUGGAGACAAAUUUCAACAGUAUUCCCGUUCGCAUAUACAUACCCAAAAGAAAGUCAAUGACUCGCAGGAGGGGCUUGUUUUAUAUUCAUGGUGGUGGCUGGUGUUUGGGGAGUGCUGCUCUCUUGACGUAUGACACUCUAUCGAGAUGGACAGCCCAUAAACUUGAUGCUGUUGUUGUGUCAACCGACUAUGGCUUAGCCCCAAAACACCAUUUUCCAAGACAGUUUGAAGAUGUGUAUCGUAGUUUACGAUGGUUCUUACGAGAGGAUGUUCUUGAAAAAUAUGGUAUAGACCCUAAAAGAGUCGGUGUGUCUGGAGACAGUUCUGGUGGAAACUUAGCCGCAGCUGUGACCCAACAGCUUAUACAGGAUCCAGAUGUCAAGAUCAAACUCAAGGUCCAAGCCUUAAUAUAUCCAGCCCUUCAGGCUCUUGAUACGAAUGUACCAUCAUAUCAAGAAGGUUCCCAUUUUCCAAUGUUAACCAGGUCGUUAAUGGUCAGGUUCUGGAGCGAAUACUUUACUACAGACCAAGGCCUGGAGAAAGCCAUGCUUCUCAACGAACAUGUACCCAUGGAAUCUAGCCAUUUGUUACAGUUUGUGAAUUGGAGUUCCUUACUCCCUGAGAGAUACAAGAAAAGUCACAUUUAUAAAAAUCCUACUCCUGGUAGUUCUGAGCUGGCUCAAAAAUAUCCAGGGUUCAUAGAUGUGAAGGCAUGUCCUCUGUUGGCCAACGACAAUAUAUUACGUCAAUUACCUCUGACCUAUAUCAUCACUUGUCAGUAUGAUGUCCUAAGAGAUGAUGGACUCAUGUAUGUCAAGCGGCUUCAGAAUGUUGGAGUUCAUGUGACUCAUCACCAUAUUGAAGAUGGAUUCCAUGGAGCAUUUGCCUUUCCUGGUUUAAGACUUUCAGAGAGGAUGCAAAAUCAGUACUUGAGUUGGCUUAUCAAAAAUCUAUAGCAAAACCUACAAAAUAUAUAUUGAAUAUAUAUAAACAACAAAAUAAGAAAUAAACUAGUAAACAUGGUUUUGAGGUUUCAUGUACUGUUUAAAAUCUUUGUUGUUUCAAACAAGCUGAUAGCUUCCAUGUUUUGUUAUUUUUAUUAUUAGACAAUAUUUUUUUUUCAUUCCUUAUCCUGUAUUUACUUACAGACACAUGCCUCCAAAUUAGAGAUUUAUGUGGGUACUGACAAUCCAAAUUAAUUUUCACACACUUAUGCAACUGGAAAUUUACCAACUGUCAACAGGCACAAAUUCCAUAAUAAUUCAAUAGUGUACUUUUACUACUCAUUAUUAUUUUACACGUAAGAAAAUCUGAGCUUAAAGGAAUGAAGUAAUAAGACAGGUUGUAAAUCUAGAUACUAUUUGAAUAAGCAUUCAUUGAGGGUUUCUACCAAACUUAAAUCUUUUAGUUUUCAAAUAAGAAGCACAAAACCUUUAUAUUAAUAUCAAGCUUUAAAUCAUUAGAGCUGGGCAGGUAUCAACCCUAUAUACUAUUUUGUCAUCUUCCCUGUCAAUAACCGUGAGCUAUAUCGUGCCAUGUUCCACCUGGGCCGCUCCUACUCUAACUGGCCAUCCCUCAUUGGCCAUGCUCACCUAAUCCACCUACCACAUGGAAUCUUCUUCCUUCUUCUUCUCUCCUCCCUGUGGUCUCUGCCUCAGACCAAAAGCUGGGGAAAUCAAGCUCUGCCUACCUCUCUUCUGCCCAGCAAAAAGAUGUAGGCAUGUUUCUUCAGCAAAUAGUUUUAAAUUAAAAAGCAAGAUUUGCACAAUAAAAGCUGUGAGAAUUCACUAGUCUGUGGCAAGAAUACUUUGGGAUACAGAAGUUAGUAUUACAAUAUGUAUCAGCACACCAAACCUCAACAAAAUAACAACUGUAAGAAUGAUACUGAGGUACAUGGUAUGUCAACAUCGAUGGCUUUACAUUUGAAAAACUAAGUUCCAUUUUAUACUUCAUUGUUAAAAUUAAAUUUGGUCCUAUUAUCCCUUUGUUGUUGAUAUAUACUUUAAGCUCUAUUUAGAAAGAAAACACAAGUAUAGCAUAAUUUACAUAGUUUUGGGGAGUAUCAUACUACCCAUAGCUUAUUUUAAGUUAUUUUAAUUUAGAUAACAUUUUUAAAAAAUUCUCUAACACCGAAGAGAUUGUCAUCUUAUUUGUGUAAAAUCCAUAUGCUCAUAGCAAAUGAAUUUAGGCUGUUCUACUUUCAUACUUCCUAAAGAAUAAGGUUUGAUUAAUAACAACCAAAAAGUAAAACUGAAACAGAACAAAAGCCCCACUAAAGUGUAACCAUAUAAAAGCACACUAAAUGGAUAGAGGACAUUAUGUGCUGGUCCACUACUCCUCAAAUUGAGCUUUGUGCUGAGGUAGUUGAUAUAUGGA